UCCGUAGUAUUAACCAUUGGUAAGAGAGAAGAUGGCGGCGACCGAACGGAAGGAGCCAAUAAGAUAGCUCGACGAUAGCGUAGAAAGGGAUCGGAAACUGUCGUUGCUUCUCUUUCUUUCGGUCCGUAAAGCCGGCACCAGCCACCGGUUCACCGUACGAACCGACUGUGACGCGUGCCAAGCCAUUCUCUCGAAUAAUUCGCGUGCUUCAUACGUUGCCGAUUCGUCUUUCCCCGCUCGAAGGAAUAUCACGAUCGGUUUUACCGCGUAUCUCGUGCCAGCAAUUUUUCGAGUAAGCUCGCGCGUAGACGAUGGCGGCGGUUGAGUGUUACCAAAAGCAAGCUCAGGCCGAGAGCACCGGACAACAGACACAGGGCCAACAGCAGCAGCAACAGCAGCAGCAGAAGCAACAAGAGCAACAGCAACAUCAGCCAACCGCAGGAAUUCCUGGAAAGGAUGACGAGCGUAAACUCUUCAUCGGUGGGCUCUCUCGAAAUACUACCAACAAGGAAUUGCUCGAUCAUUUUGGAAAAUUUGGCGAAAUCGAAAGCAUUACCAUCAAAAUCGAUUCAUACACAGGCCUCUCGCGAGGCUUUGCUUUCAUAGUUUUCACCAAUCCAAAAACCAUCGACAAGCUUCUUGCGUCGGGCGAGCAUUACAUCAACGAACGUAAGGUGGAUCCAAAACGAGUCAGCAAGAAGCCUCAACAUGGGAAAAUAUUCGUUGGUGGUCUUACGCCUGAUAUUACAGACGAGGAUAUUAAAUCCUACUUCAGUCAAUAUGGGACUAUCGUCGAAUUGCAAGCGCCAUUCGACAAGGUAAAGAAUCAAAGAAAAGGAUUUUGUUUCAUAACGUUCGAUUCUAAGGAAGUUGUAUAUAAAUUAUUGAAAACUCCUAAACAAACGAUAAAUGGCAAAGAAGUAGACGUGAAGAAGGUCAAAAUGAGUCCGGAUCCAAGAACGCAAGGAUUUUGGGGACCCGGUUAUGGUUAUGGGUAUGCUGGUGGUUACGGUUACAUUCCCGAGUAUUAUAACGGUUAUCAAGGUGGAUACGAUGACAUGUAUGGGAAUUAUGACUAUUCGGGAUAUGACGGAUAUGAAAAUAUGGGAUAUUCGGCCCAAGGUAAGCCACGAGGAAACGGACAGGGACCACGUCAAUUUCAGAGACAUCAACCGUACUAAAUGCAGGGUAUAAAUUCGUUUAUACGCUCAAGAAUGGUGAAAAUACAAGAAUAUAGUAGGAGGUAGACCAACUUUAUCUAAUUACAGUCAGAGACUGAAACGAGGGGAUUUGGAUGGGACAAGGUAUUAUAAAUACCUGAUACCGUCUCCCUUAAAUUUCCUAAACUUCAUACGUCGCGUCUGUAUAAUACUAGAUACCUUUGUGUACAUUUGUUAAAAAAAAUUCUCCCACUGGUUUGGAGUUAUGAUGUUACGAAUUUAAAAGAAUCAUGUCAGUUUCUGUAUAAUGCACAUUUUGCCUCCUAUUACGAGAAAUAAUCUUUAAAGUAAAAUUAAGUAAUGAUGUUGUGCAUUUUCUUAAACGAGGACAGGGCCAUCGACAAUGAUGUCUAUAAUAUAAUUUUACUCGACUUGAAUGAUAUAAACUUUCAAAGGAAAUAUUUGCAGAAAGACUCGUUUAUGAUAUACGCCCCGAACGAUAACGAUACUAUAUAGUAUAUCGAGUAUUGAUUGUUAUAAAAGGAUUUCUUAGAUCCCUAAUGGAGAAAUCUCAAGUGGAGUGAAAUUCGUAAUUUAAUCCUGUCUCCUUGUUACUACUCAUUUCUCAUACUAACUAACCCGUGUAUCUAAUAAUUUAAUGCUAGCUAUAUUCUAUAGCUAUUCUUUGGCUAUUCUAUAGCUAUUCUCUAGCUAUUCUUUAGAAUUUUAGGUUGCAUUAUUCGUGUAUUCUUUACUAUGUGCUUGGUGUUAUUUUCAUUUAAAGAAGAAAAACAAGAACAAUGUAUAGUUUGCAUUUGGUUUUUUUUUUUUUCUUCUUCCCCCAUCGGUAUGCAGUUUUAAUUCGGAUUAAUUUCAAUUUACAGCAAAUUGCCAUUUAUGGACCAAAAUUUUGCUCCCAUUGAAACAUACUUCUUCCUUGUAAGAUUAUAUUCUAUAUGCAUUAUCUAUUAUCAUAUAAUUGUUUAUAAUCUAAAGAUAAGUCUUGUAACUUAUAUGAAUCUUAAAUAUGCUGCACGUAUGUGUAUACGUAUGUGCAUAUGCAGGUACACAUAAGUAUAUACUGAUAUAGAGAUUAGGAUUUAAAAAAAAAAAAAGAAAAAAAAGAAAAAAAAAAGAAAAAAAAAAGAAAAAAAAAACAUUUGAAAAAUGUAUAAUUAAAAUAUGAACGUCCUGGGUAUUAUACAUAAGGAAUACUUGCGCGACGUUAAAUUACGAACGGAUAUUUGUGAUUCGUAUUUAACGAAAAUUGUCAUUAAAACAAUACAAACAUUAUGAAAGAAAAGAAAUGAAAAGAAACAAAAAUACCACUUGCUUUAUAUAUCAACGACCUAUUGAAAUUUCAAUAGAUUAUUUCUACGAGGAUGCACAUACACAUGCAUGUAUACAUGCAUACAACAACAUACAACAUGCAUACAACAUACAUACAACAUACAUACAUAUAUACACACGCAUAUGUAUAUAUAUAUAUAUAUAUAUAUAUAUAUAUAUAUAUAUAUGUAUACAUGUAUGUAAAUUUGCUUUUCUUCAAUUGUAACACAACAUUGUAGUAUAGUUUAGACGUCGCGUUUGUACUCAUUAUGGCGUAAAUGUCACACGAAUACGGCGAAAACAUUACAUCUAAGCGCGUAACGCAAAAGCAAAAUUUGGUUAAGACACUGGAGUAACAGAAUGUUUCAAAAUACAUGAAUGACUGGAAGGUACGAAAAAAUGUAGGCUACAUUGACAUUUCUUUCGCAUUUGUAUCGAGAGUAGCAGUUCCUGUUUGAUAUUACAAACUAUGAAGACUGCUCUUCAUAUCGCGAAAAGACUGUUAACACGUAGCGUAUCGUUCGACGUGAUAUAAUAUCUAGAGAAUUCGAUAACCGGUACUACCCGUGCGAUUUUUUGACCGCUAAAUUCAAGUCAUUAACGUUAUUGUAAAAAAGCGUUGCUAAUGAUACAGUGAGACUACGUUUAGAUACAUCGAAAUUAUGUCGUUUACAAGGCUGAAAAAGCUUUAUACAUUC